AAAGCGGUGAAUUUGCGCAACGUCAGACGAUGUGCUAAGUUUCGCGGUUGGAGAAACCUCGGGCGUCCAACCAGCAGAGCCUUGACAUUUUCUUCGAUUUUUUCUACGUAUCGCUCGUCUACAAACCUUUUCUUCGAUACAUUAGAAAAAUAAGCUGUAAGAUGGACAGACUCGGUUUGGAAUGUUUGCAUUGCGAGCUCGAAGAAAGUGAGGUUAGGAUGAAAUUAUAGACGCCGUUUUGAAGAUGCAAUAUUUUAAAUCGGAAGAAGAACUAUUUUUGAAUAAGGAAGAUAAUGCAAUUGUACGAAAAAGAUUAAUUUAUUCAUACACAUAGUGAUCCCAAAAAAACGUAUGAGGGAGGAGAAGAUCGAGAAGGAGCCGGCAUGCGUGGUGGUAGAGCGAAGAUCAUAAAAGCUCGUGAGCAGGAGGAUUCAGAUAGUUUUGGUUUCGGAAGUCGAGACAGCAGGAGCUCGAGAUGACCAUAACAACAACGACCGUUCGUUUGUUGAUCGCCUGCGGCGUCCUCGGCUUCGCGAGCUCGGCCAGCGUACACAAAGAUAGCUGUCCUGAAAAGAAUGGUCGAUUUUCUGUGCCAUCCCAAUGUGACGCUUACAUCGAGUGCAUUGAUGGUAUCCCCGAACACAAAUUAUGUCCUGAGGGACUCUUAUUCAAUCCUAACGUGAGGUUCGCCUAUCCUUGUGAAUAUCCUGCAGGUGUGGAUUGUGAUGGAAGACCUAACCGACAGACACCACAGCCAACGGAUGACUGUCCCCAUCAGUAUGGUUUCUUCAAAAUCGGAGAUCAACACAAUUGUGGCAAAUUCAUGUCCUGUGUCGAGGGGAGAGCACAUGUUUUCCAUUGUCCCGAAGGGUUGGCCUUCAACUCUGAAUCUUAUCGUUGCGACUGGCCUGAUCAAGUACCAGACUGCGAUGUUGAAUCAUUCUUAGGACUUCGAUGCCCAAAUGAUCCUAACGAUGAAAAUCGGCUGUACAAGUUUGAGUUCUACGCCAGUCCUUAUGACUGUCAGCGUUAUUUCGUGUGUGUGAAUGGUCGGCCACGAUUGCAGGUUUGCGAAGAAGGAAAGGCUUUCAGCCAGCUGGAAAACACAUGUCUUCCCGCGCACAACGUCAGUGGAUGUGAACCACUCGGUCUGCCGCAUGAGAAAAAGAAAGUUCCGUUAAUAGGUACAGUGCUAGAGGGAGAAUCAUAGUGAUGACUUUAAUGUACGAAUGAAUGAUUUGUAAAGAUACGUUCAUUUGAAAGUAAAACUAUCACGAGUUGCUUUCGAGGCCAUUUCUCGCAAGUGGACACUACGUUGAGAGUGAAUAUCCGAUUUGAUAGUGGCCAGCAUAGUCGAUCUCAACGCAGUGUCCACUUGCAAGAUAUAUCUCGAGAAAAUACAUGAAAUUACUAUUGUGUGCCACUGUAGAAACUACAAGAAAAUGAGUAGAAUGUAAUAAUGUAAAUACACGAAUCAUUGAUAAGAACUAUCGUAAAAAUGAUGUGCUUGUAUUUAGCACAAAAUUGUAGACCAAAUAGUUUUCAAAUAAAAAAAUCUGUUAGGAAAAUAACAAACAAUGUA